GUCUAGUGAUGGAAAAAAUACUGCAAAUUAGUGUUUUUCUAGGGAACCCGCCCUCUACGAGCUUAGUGGUCCCUCGCUAUCACGGGAUGACAGAAUAGAACUGGAGAACGCUUUGAAUGAAACAUGGUUGGAAAAUAUAGGUUCUCCAAUAAUCUAUGCUUGGGUAACGGUGAUCAAGGAUUUCCUUGAGGCCAAACAGCAAAAAACUCAAGAAGCUGAGGUUUCUUCCGACGUACCCCUCGAGAUAUUGGAGCCUGUCCCGAGCGUAGUUGACUUAGUACCAACGAUUUAUCAUGGCGAAGUGUUCACUGAUCGAAAAAGUCAUUUUCAAGCUCAUCUUGCUAGGGUUUUUAGCAAAGAAGAGGUAUUAGAGCUGUUUUUCUAA